UCAAUAAACAAAUAAAAAGAGCAACAGGAUUAAGAAAAAAACCACAAACCCUAACUCUCAAAUGGAUCUUCACAGACCGACCCGAUUCCGAACCCGAAAAUUCCUCCCCACCAAGGCGGAGCGUUUCCUCGGCGUCCAACCUCACGCGCCGCCGUCCUUUAAUAAUUCAUCAUCCCUCGAACUCGACGAAGACGACGUCGUUUUCGAUUUCGACUAUUCGCACCCCUCUUCUUCUUCUUCUUCUUCUUCUUCUUCACCUUCUAUUCCCACCCCCAUCUCCAACCAUAACCGCCAUCACUACAAUCACCACCAAUUCCAACGCAAAUCCUCCCCCUUAGGCCCUCCCGAUUCCUUCGGAGUCCUCGCCGUCUUGCCGGAAAACGAAGAAUCUCCCGAUUCCGGUGACAAUUCCAACCUUCUCAACGAUGCUCUUAUCCCUGUUUCUCUCUCGGCUUCAUCGUCCUCAAAUUCAUCUCCCUCAUCCUCAUCCAAACCUAUGCUAAUUGUUCAACGCCCCUCCGAACGAACACCGUCAUGGUCAUCACCGGCAUCAGAUAAAUUCUACCAUUCAGCGCCAAUGAACGUUCCAAUGAUGUCUUCAGCUAUGGCGAACCGCGCGAGGCGAUACGAAGAAGAAGAUGCACAUGCUUUAAACGAGGAAGAGGAAUUUCGAAGCACGAUGCCACCGCAUGAGUAUCUUUCAAGGCAAGUAGAUUUUUCGCCGAUGCAUUCGUGUUCGUUGUUUGAAGGUGUUGGUAGAACCCUAAAAGGAAGAGAUAUGCGUCAAGUUAGGAAUGCUGUUUUGAGCCAAACAGGUUGCUCACAAUAUACAAGAAAUUAGAAGUUGGAAUGUAAGAAAGGAGAGAAGGCUGAACAGUGCAUCAAUGGUAGUUUCUUGUGGCCUUGAAUUAUCUAUUCAAAAGUGUUUACAACAAGCGGAUAUAACAGUGGAAUCUGAAUGUCUUCCUUGAAUGUAUUGGGCAUUUUGGUUCUCUCAUUUAUGGUUUUGAAAUUGGGACUCAAGCUCUUCAAUUUUAUAAGGUGUAGUGUUGUACUAUUAUAACAAGGGCUUAUGCGUAGCUAUUCUCUUUGA